AACGCGUGCGACAUCUGGCGAAACCACUUCCAAAAUAAACGUAGACCUCGCUCGCCGAGCCUGCUUGUCUGGAACUAACCUAUAAUAUAGUACGGCACGUGUCGGCUCUUUGUUUGUGCGUUUUAAAAUAAAAUUUACAAACAAUACUUACAUUCGGCGCGUCGCGUUAACCCAAAUACUGGGUUAAACAAUCAUAGUGAGUAAUCAAUCAAGAAACAACUAAAAAUCUUAAAAUGACGGAGGUUUUACAACCCGGCGCAGAAGUGUUUUCGGAGAAGAAAAAGAAGAAAGUCAAGGAUGGAGUAUCUUUGGGCACGUUUCAAAAGCUCGGAGAUUUUAAAAUCGAGCCAACAGAAAGUGUAACUAAGUUAGAUACAGCAUAUUGGCCAUUGUUAUUGAAGAACUUCGAUCGUCUCAAUGUGCGCACCAACCAUUACACGCCGCUGCCAUUCGGCCACUCGCCGCUGAAACGUCCGAUCGGGGAAUAUGUGAAGGCUGGCUUCAUAAACGUGGACAAACCGAGCAACCCAAGCUCCCACGAAGUCGUUUCAUGGAUUAAACGCAUUUUAAAAGUGGAAAAAACGGGGCACUCCGGCACGCUAGAUCCCAAAGUGACAGGUUGUUUGAUCGUGUGCAUUGACCGCGCGACGAGGCUCGUGAAGUCACAACAGAACGCCGGUAAGGAGUAUGUGGCUGUCUUCAGUUUGCAUUCGGCUGUUGAGAAUGUGCAGAAGGUCACACAAGGUUUGGAGAAGCUGCGGGGAGCUUUAUUCCAGCGCCCGCCUCUUAUCUCGGCCGUUAAGCGUCAGUUGCGUGUGCGGUCAGUAUACGACAGUAAACUCCUCGAUUUCGACACGGAGCGCAACAUUGGUGUGUUCUGGGUGAGCUGCGAGGCUGGCUCCUACAUCCGUACCAUGUGUGUCCACUUAGGACUCAUGCUCGGAGUGGGUGGACAGAUGAUUGAACUCCGAAGAGUCCGGUCUGGCAUCCAAGGAGAACAGGAAGGCAUGGUGACCAUGCAUGACAUCUUAGACGCUCAGUGGGCCUAUGAAAACCACAAAGAUGAGACUUACCUCCGUAGAGUAAUCAAACCGCUGGAAGGUUUACUAGUAGCACAUAAGAGAAUAUUCAUCAAAGACAGUGCGGUGAACGCAGUCUGUUACGGAGCUAAAGUACUACUGCCUGGUAUUUUAAGGUACGAAGAUGGUAUCGAAAUUGAUCAAGAAAUUGUCAUAGUAACUACUAAGGGUGAAGCGGUUGCGUUAGCUAUUGCUAUGAUGACUACUUCAACCAUGGCAUCAUGUGACCACGGUGUAGCAGCCAAGCUGAAGAGGGUGAUCAUGGAACGAGACACAUACCCAAGGAAAUGGGGCCUAGGACCGAAGGCUUCGCACAAAAAGCAGCUAAUCUCGCAGGGCAAACUAGAUAAAUUUGGCAAGCCCAACGAGAAUACGCCAGCGGAGUGGCUUAAUAGUUACGUAGAUUAUAAAGUGAAGAAUGAGAAUGGUAACGUUGAGGCUGAGGAGGUUGGUAGGAAGAGGACGGCUAGCACUGCGAAUGCUGAUGAUCCGAACAACUCCGUAGAAGUUAAGUCAGAGAAGAAAAAGAAGAAGAAGAAGAGGGAUAGCGAGGCUGCGGAUAUUACAAUGGAGGAUGGUGCAGGCGAUGCUACAGUGGAAGCAGAAACAACGACAGAGGUCGACUCGUCAUUACGCAAAGAAAAGAAAAAAAAGAAAAAGAAGGAUCGAGACCAAGAAAAGGCAGAUGAAUAAAUAAAAAUGUACCAUAAUACUAUAGAUUUUAAGUUGAGAAUAUUAAAUAAGCUGAAAGAGAUAGGAAAUAAGCAAUAUUCAGUUCAAGUGAUAAAUCGAUUUGGUAAAGGUGAGCGUCCACAGAUCCGCAUCGUACGCAUCCCAUCAAAUGGAUUAAUUUUUUAGACUGCGUCCACUGUAUCGAUAGCGUUCAGAUUGCCGAAGUGAGUAGUAGCAAUCGGAUUGCCGAUACAUUUUUCACUCGCAUUUUUGGCAUCGACAUUCCGUAUAACUUCAUCGGUAAGCAUCGCAUGUAGGCAUUGCCUAUGAGCGGUCCGUACGAUACGGAUCAGUGGACGCAGUUGUAUGAGUUUCUAUACAAGACAAACUAAAAUCCGUUGCGUACGAUGCGGGCCUGUGGACGCGUACCUACCUUAAGAAAGAAAUUGAAAGAUGCCCUUUUGCGCGGUUUCCCGCCUUUUUGUUCUUUUUUUAUUCUGACAUUUGUGACAGCUGACAGAUCAAUUUUUUUAUUGAUUACGUGUCGAUACUCCUUCGUAGUUUACUGUGUAACAUGGAGUCAAUUGUAGAAUUUUAUUUAUAAAUUGACUCCGACUCUGAUCCAGUUUUUUAUUAUAAGAUGUGGUGAUACCAGACUAUGUAUUUGUCUCAUGUUGUAGUAAUUAGUGCCUAGUAAAUAUACAUUCUGUCAGAAUCAUAAAGAUUCGUAGUUUCCAGUGUUUUUCACGAUUGUAAUAUUGUAACAAUAUGAUAAUCUUUUUUAAAAUGCAUGUUUAUCGAUAAAACUGAACUUAACCUCCCAUCUUAUAUCUAGAUUCUAGAUAAUAGGUUACGCUAGUUUUUAAUGUUUAUGGUCGUUGAAUAAAAUUGAAGUUUUUCGCAUA